UGUACUCAUAUUAUCAACUACAUGCUUAGAUUCAAUUUCCUUCUUUUUUUAAGGAAAAAAACUCUUGGGAAGUCGGAACCUAAAAGCGUUAGGGUUUAGCCAUCUCUCUUAUUUAUAUCUCCAAAUCACUAUUCACGGAUAUUUCAAAUGUAACAUGGCUGAGCAACAAAUUCCGCCGGCAGAGAAUCAGAGUAGUAGCACUACACCCGUUUCUCUGACUCUGUUGGAUCCAGAUGUUCUCGAAUGCCCUAUUUGCUGCGAGCCCCUGAAGAUUCCUAUAUUUCAGUGUGAAAAUGGCCAUCUAGCUUGUUCUCAGUGCUGCGAAAAAGUGAAGAAGAUUUGCCCGUCCUGUAAAUCACCGAAUGGGUACAGUCGUUGCAGAGCCAUGGAGAGAGUCAUUGAAGCAUGUCGAGUGUCAUGCCCAAAUGCCAAAUACGGGUGUAAAGAAAAUACCUCGUUUGGAAAUCGCGCUAGCCAUGAGAAGCAGUGUCUUUUCGCCCCUUGUUUCUGCCCCGUGCCCUUGAAUGAUUGCAACUAUGUUGGCUCAGACAAGAAUCUCCGCAACCACAUUCGUGCUAAACACAAGGACCACGUAAUUCCGAUUGUGUUUGAUAUUCCUUUAACACUUGUCAUGGGCUCGAGCGAGAAGAUUGCAUGUUUUCAGGAAAAGAAAGAUGGGGAAAUGUUUGUGGUUCAAGCUUUUCGCAAAUCGUAUGGUUUGGUUGUCAGCGUGAACUGCAUUGCACCAUCGGCACAUGGGCUCGGAAGAUUCUUCUGUUGUAUGGAUGUGAUAAUUGAUCCUAGUAUCAAACUAAAGCAGGCAUUCACGGUUAGGGAAAUCCAGAAGAAGAUUCAUGAAGAGCCCAAGGAUAGUUUUAUGCUGAUUCCCUCGCAUAUGUUAAUGCUUACUGACUGGAGCUUUGGUAUUGAUAUUUGUUUCAGCCGUGGCAUGGAUAGUUUUAUUCGUGCUUGAGUGCUAAUGUACUGUGCAGUGUUUUUCCUGUGUGUCUACUAAUGUGGUUGU